AUGCUUCGUUCUGCAACAAAAGCCUUGAACUCUACAAGAUUAAUGUCCUCACUACCAUCCGUCCAAAAAGUCGUUUUGAUAAGGGAAACAGGGGGCCUGGAAGUGUUACGGUUUGAAGACAACUUUCCUGUGCCUGAGAUCAGUUCCGAUGAGAUUCUUAUCAAAAACAAGUACGCCGGUAUCAACUAUAUUGAGUCAUACUUCCGAAAGGGCAUUUAUCCAGCUGAAAAGCCUUAUUUGCUUGGUAGGGAAGCCUCUGGUGUUGUAGUGGCUCGUGGUGACAAUGUGGACAAAUUCCAAGUAGGUGACAAAGUCGCAUACCUGUCAGGGAACACCUUUGCACAAUACACCAAGAUUGCCCAAGACAAGCAGAUAUUGAAGCUACCAGAAACCACUACUGAUGAUCAUAUGAAGCAAUAUGCUGCGCUCAUGGUUCAAGGUUUAACCGCUCUAACAUUCGUCAAUGACGCCUACUCGGUGCAGAAGGGCGAUUUUGUUUUGCUGUACGCUGCUGCAGGAGGCGCGGGAUUGGCAUUCAACCAAUUGUUAAAGCAAAAAGGCGCUCACACGAUUGCCGUCGCGUCUACAGACGACAAAUUGCAACUUGCUCGCGAUUACGGUGCCGAGUAUUUUAUCAACUCUCAAAAAGAUGAUAUCCUUGCCAAAGUCAUGGAAUACACCAAUGGAGAAGGUGUCGACGCAGCGUUUGAUUCUGUCGGGAAAGAUACUUUCGAGAUCACUUUAAGUGCUUUAAAGAGAAAGGGUACUUUUGUCUCUUUUGGGAAUGCCUCAGGACCUGUUCCUCCGCUCAAUAUCGGUAGACUGAGCCCUAAGAAUAUCAAACUUCUCAGACCACAGCUUUUCGCCUACGUUACCGGGGCCGAUGAUUGGGAACGCUAUUCAAAGGAAUUCGUAAGGCUAGUCGAUUCGGAUUUGCUAACGGCCAAGAUUUUCGGCGUGUACCCACUGGAAAACUACAAAGAUGCUGCAGAGUUGAUGGAAGCCAGAAAGACGGUGGGUAAGUUGCUCUUGGAAAUUCCAUGA